UAAUACAGAAGUGUAUAAUCUCUCUCUCAGUCUGCCUCUGUCACUCUUUCUCUCUCUGUUAAUAACUUACUCUAAUUUUCUCUCUCUUUAGAUUAUCUGGGUGUAUGAUCACAGAAAAAGGCUGUUCUUCUCUGGCUUCAGCUCUUAAUUCAAACCCCUCCCACCUGAAAGUGCUGGAUCUGACCUACAACCACCCAGGAGAGUCAGGAGAGAAGCUGCUUUCUGCCAGACUGGAGGAUCCACACUACUCACUGGAGACACUCAGAAUGGAACAUGGAGGCGAAAUAAGAAUCAAACCUGGAUUAAAGAAAUACGGCUGUGAUUUCACACUGGAUCUAAACACAGUAAACCGUCGUCUCUCUCUGAGUGAGGAGAACAGGAGGGUGGAGUGGGGAGAGGAGCAGCAGUCGUAUCCUGAUCAUCCAGAGAGGUUUAAUGUGUGUCUGCAGGUUCUGAGUAGAGAGAGAGUUACUGGACGCUGUUACUGGGAGGCUGAGUGGAGAGAAGGAGCUGAAGUAGCUCUGAGUUAUAAAACCAUCAGCAGGAAAGGAGACGGAUCAGACUGUCGGUUUGGAGGGAAUAUAAACUCCUGGAGUCUGUACUGCUCUAAUAACAGUUACUCUGUUCAUCACAAUAAGAACAGCACUGAACUCCCCCCUCCUCCCUCCGGCUGUAGGAGAGUAGGAGUGUAUGUGGACUGUCCCGCCGGCACUCUGUCCUUCUACAGAGUCUCCUCUGAUACACCCUCACACACUCUCACACACUUACACACACCCUCACACACACCCUCACACACUCUCACACACUUACACACACCCUCACACACUCUCACACACUUACACACACUCUCACACACUCUCACACACUCACACACACCCUCACACACUCUCACACACUUACACACACUCUACACCACCUUCACUCAGCCCCUCUAUGCAGGGAUUGGGUUUAAUUGGUAUGGCUCCUCAGUGACUCUGUGUAGAAUAGAAUAACCCUGUGUGUGUGUGUGUGUGUGUUUAUCUGUGUGUGUUUCUGUGUAUUGUAUGUGUGUGUAUAGUGUGUAUAGUGUGUGUGUGUGUGUGUAUAUAUCAGUAUGUGUGUGUGUUUAUCUGUGUGUAUAUAUCAGUGUGUGUGUGUGUGCACGUGAGUGUGUAUGUGCACGUUUAUCUGUGUGUAUGUGUUUAUAUAGUGUGUGUGUGUGUGU